AUGUUUUUCUCAUUCGCAGCUUCACUCCUUCUCGCCUCGUCUGUCAUCGCAGGCCCAGUCAACAGUGCGACACCCAGGCAAAUAAUCGCGCGAUGCGGUUCUGAGCCGUCUGCUGAGAAGGUUGCGGCUGCGGAGAAAUCCUUCACUGCCAACCGAGUGUCGGCAGCUGCGAGGGGGGCCUCGUACAAGAUGGCGCCCAUCAAUGUCUACUUCCAUGUCAUUCAGAAGAGCGAUGCUCCCGAAGGCGGAAACGUACCUGACUCGCAGUUGAAGGAGCAGAUCGACAUCAUGAACAAGGACUACUCGAGUGCAGGCAUCUCCUUCGCCCUCGCCAACACCACUCGCACGACCAACGAGAAGUGGUUCAGCCGCGCCAGCCCCAACGCAGCAGAGCAGACCGAGAUGAAGGAGGCACUGAGGCAAGGCGACGAGAAGGACCUCAAUGUCUACACCGUCGGCUUCGAAGAAGGCGAUGCCAAGGGUCUCCUUGGAUAUGCCACCUUCCCAUCCGAUGCUAAGACCGAGUUGAAGGAUGAUGGCGUCGUGAUUCUGUUCUCGACUCUCCCCGGCGGCGCGACGGAGAACUUCAACAAGGGCAGGACUCUCACUCACGAGGCCGGCCACUGGACCGGAUUGUACCAUACGUUCCAGGGCGGAUGCAAUGGCGAAGGUGACCAGGUUGAGGACACUCCCCCUGAGGGUGAACCCGCUUCUGGAUGCCCCAAGGGAGCCGACACUUGCCCAAAGGACGGCUUGGACAGCAUCACCAACUACAUGAACUACUCCUACGACAGCUGCAUGGAUCAAUUCACUGAAGGCCAAGUCACUCGCUUGAAGGAUCAGUUGGCUACCUAUCGCAACAUGUAA